UUUGUUUUGUGAGCGGUUGCGUCUGGUUGGUGCGGUACCUUUUAACUGUGCGCAAAUUGUGUGGUGCAUUUUUUAAAAAACUGUCUGUAGUGGUGGUGACUCUGCGACUGCGACUCGACUGUGACUUCGUCUCUCUCUCUGUCUUUCUGUGUGUGUGCUCGUGCCCCGUAUCCGUGUAUGUGUGUGAGUGCGUGCAUUUGAACAAGGAAAAGUGUGAAGAUUUUGAAAGAAAGCGCAACUUCAAAUCGAAGAAAAAUUGAAUAAAAAGCAAAAAAGAAAAAAAAAUGGCAACCGAAGUAGCUCAAAUACCCGCUGAGGAAACGCCUGCAGUUGCCGCCGCAGCAGCAGCGACCACAGAAAAUGCUGCUGCCGAGCAGGCGGAAAAACCUGCUGCCGAGCCUGUCGCCGUUGCCGCUGCCGUUGCUGAGAACGCUGCCGCUAACAACGCCCAAGACAACAACAAAGAGGAUGCGAAGGCGUCGCCAGCCGCUGCCGCUGCCGAUGGAGCUGCCGCCGAUGCGAAGAAAGAUGGUGGCGAUGUUGCCGCUGCGCCAGCCAAAUCAGAAGCCCCAGCACAAAAGUUCAAUGUGCACAAGACCAAUUUUGAGAAGGACAUUAUCUAUCUGUAUCAGUUUUCGCGUACUCCCCUGCUGCCGUCGCUCUCACCGUAUUGCCUGAAAGUGGAGACUUGGCUGCGUCUGGUGGCGCUCAAGUACGAGAAUGUCGACCACAAGAUGCGUUUCCGUUCCAAGAAGGGCCAAUUGCCGUUCAUUGAGCUAAAUGGCGAGGAAAUCGCCGAUUCGGCCAUCAUCAUCAAGGAGCUGUCGGCCAAGUAUGAUAAGAAUUUGGAUGCCAGCUUGACCGCCGAACAGCGCAAUGUGUCCUAUGCCACAAUUGCCAUGCUCGAGAAUCAUCUCAUUUGGAUCAUCUUCUACUGGCGGGCCAAGUAUCCCGAUAAUGUACUCAAGGGCUACAAAGUGAAUUUGCAGCAUGCGCUCGGCCUGCGUUUGCCCAAUUCGAUUUUGAACUUUUUCUUCAAAAUCACAUUCGGUCGCAAGUGGUUCCAGGGUACGAAAAAGCUCAAGGCGCACGGCAUCGGUGUGCACAGCGCCGAGGAGAUCGAGGAGUUCGGCAAGAACGAUCUGAAGGUGCUCAGCGAGAUGCUCGACUGUAAGCCGUUCUUCUUUGGCGAUGAGCCGACCACCCUGGAUGUGGUCGCAUUUGCGGUCCUCUCCCAACUGCACUAUCUGUCCAAGGAUAUUGCGUAUCCGUUGCGCGACUAUAUGACCGAGAAGUGUCCCAAUUUGAUUGGACACGUGUCGCGCAUGAAGGACAAGUGCUUCCCCGACUGGGAUGAGAUCUGCACAAAGCUCGAUCUGAAUGCGCACAUUCCCAAGCCAGAACCCGAGACCAAGGAGGGCAAGGAAGGCGGCGAGCAGGAGAAAUCAAAUGAGCAGGAGGGCACCGAUGGCGACAAAAUCGAGAAGGAGUUGGAGAAGGACAAGUCGAACGAGAAGGAAUCGACCGAGGAGAACAAGGAGAAGGAGGAGACAAAGUAAAGCGCCGUUAGUUACACACAUAUAUAUACAUACAUAUAUAUAUAUACAUAUAUAUGAAGAAAGCAAAGGACGGAAGGCAAACAACACCCCCCACAUAUAUACAUAGUACGAUACUAUUACUAUAUCUAUAGUAUAUAUAUAUAUUUAUAUAUAUAUAUAUAUAUAUAUAGUAAACGCGCUGAUUAGCGCAUUGCGCUCAUAUAUAAACAUUCAACAAAUAAGGCAGAAAAUCAUUUAAAGCAUAGGACAACUGUAAAGCAAACAGGCAGAACAACAAAAACAAGUUAAGAAAGAAAAAAAAAAAAGAACGAUCCACUUUAAAAACUAAAAAAAAAAAAAAAAACCAACAAAAAAACACGUAUAUACAAUAACGUAACGUAAAAACUUUGGACAUCUUUUUUUAUAUAUAUACAAAGUAAAAAGGGGAAAGAAAAAAGCAAAACAAAAUCCAAAAAAAGAAAAGAAAACGGUAAAAACCUUUAGUAUAAAAUUAUAAAAGUUUAUACGUAUAAGAGAUGAAAACAGAGGACGAAGCAGAAACAAAAAAAGAACAAAAAGAUUAUAAAAAAUUAGUUAAAGAAACUCGAAUGAAAAGUAAAUCAAAGUGAGCGAAAGAGAGCCGAAAGGGAGAGAGAGAGAGAGAAACGGGUGAGAGGAGGUGUAGAACAACAUAAAAAUACGCAUUAACCAUUAGUUUUCAUUCAAGCGAUCUAUAUAAUACACCCAUACACACACACACACACUCACUCACUCACGCUCGCUCGACACACUCACACAGCCAUGUAUACACACACACAUACACAUUCACACACACACACACACACACACACUUGCGCAGACAUAAAUGCAUAAUGCAGCAACAAUUGCAACUCGAUGGUAUUGUUUACUCUUCCAAAAUUUAUUAAGCUUAAAGUAAAACGAAAAGAAAGAACGGUUGAAGGGAAAGGCGGAUAUAUAUAUAUAUAUAUAUAAUCGUAUAUAUAUAUGAUAUGAUAUAUGUAGCAGGUGAUGCUUAGGAUGUGACAAGGGGACGAGAUGAGGGACCGCUGCUGAUAAUUAAGUUUAUUUUUUAUAUAUAUAUGAUUGCAAAUAGUAAUUUUUUAUUCAUGUGUGCAAAUAAUUAAAUAAAAAUAUUGAAAAUUUA